CUGAUAAACAAAGUAAACAAUCAGUGAAAAUGAAGAAAGAUGCCGAAUCAAAAACAGUAGCCGUUAGUAAUGGUCACGCAAGCACCCCGAAUGGACGAGCCGACGACGAAGGCGGUGGUGGUAGCGCUGCUACGCCGCGCGUUUCUUACGCUGCUGCAGCUCGCAAACCGGCCUCACCGCAGUCUAGCAUCACGCCUGCACCUUUCCCCUUAAAUACAGAAACUCAAAAAGCCAAAACUAAUGGCGAGAAGUUGUUACAAAUAAAAACUACGACAACUAAAGCUGGAGAAGAAACAAUAACAAAGGUUAAUGAUAUUACAAAAGAUAAGAUAGAUACCAAAGAACAAAUCCUAAACGGCACAGAAACAUCAUGUGACACCUUAGUUAACGGUGAUCCAAAAAAAGAUCCAGAUUGUGAUAUUAGCAGUAGUGAUAAUACUAAAGUAGUUACUAAUGGAAUUAAUAGUGAUUCCGACGACACAAAAUCGAGUAAGUCUGACGAAGGGCAUGAAGCCGUUGUUCCUAAUGUAUGUCCAAAUAAGUCCGAGGAAAAACAGGUUUCUGAUAAAAAGAAAGACAAUAAGAAAACUAAGACAGCUGAGAGAAGCAGUGAUUCGGAGAAGAAAAAAGAUUCUAUUAAAAAUAAAAAUCAAGAAGCCAAAAAAGAGGAUGAAGCACCUGUAAAUAAUGGUGAAGCUUCGGAAAAAGUUAAUGGCGAUAGCAAUAAAGUAGUUAAUGGUGAUGGCGAAUGGGUUUCACGGUUAAAAUUGUUAGUCCAGGCGCUGAGCCUCUAGAUAUCCAAGUAUCAAGUAUGGAACUAGUUCAAGAAAUACACCAAGUGCUGAUGGACCGUGAAGACACAUGCCACAGAACUUGUUUCUCUUUACAACUGGAUGGUGUUACUUUAGAUAAUUUUGCAGAAUUGAAAAAUAUCGAAGGACUAAAAGAGGGAUCUAUCAUUAAGGUUGUAGAAGAACCUUACACAAUGCGCGAGGCUCGAAUCCAUGUCCGUCAUGUUAGGGAUCUUCUUAAGUCUAUAGAUUAUACAGAUGCGUAUGCAGGCCAGGAAUGCAGUUCUCUUGCUUUCAAAAACAUUAUUACACAAGGGGAUAUAUUAGAAAAGAAGAAGUCACGUCCAGAAAGUGUGGAUUGUACGCCACCAGAUCACAUAAUGCCGGGAAGCACGGAGCGACCUUUACUGCCGCUCCAUCCCGGCCUCACAAAAGAAAAUAAAGCCCCGCAAUGUCUCAAGGUGCUGACCACGUCCGGCUGGAACCCGCCGCCCGGACCGCGCAAGAUGUGCGGCGAUCUUCUAUAUCUGCAUGUUGUUACUCUCGAGGAUCGCCACUUUCAUAUCACAGCGUGCCCGAGGGGAUUUUACCUCAACCAGUCAAACGAAGAGCUGUUCAACCCUCGUCCAGCCAACCCGCCCCUGCUGUGCCACUCGUUGAUCGAGCUGCUGAGCAUAGUGUCGCCGGCCUUUAAGCGUAACUUCGCGCUGGUGCAGAAGCGGCGUAUGCAGAAGCACCCCUUCGAAAGAGUCGCUACUCCUUACCAGGUGUACCAGUGGGCCUCGCCGAUGCUUGAUCACACUAUAGACGCCAUCCGCGCCGAAGAUACCUUCUCGUCUAAACUGGGCUAUGAGGAGCACAUCCCGGGGCAGACGCGCGACUGGAACGAGGAGCUGCAGACGACGCGCGAGCUGCCGCGCUCCACGCUGCCCGAGCGACUAUUGCGAGAACGGGCUAUUUUCAAGGUGCACAGCGACUUCGUGGCGGCGGCGACGCGCGGCGCCAUGGCCGUGGUGGACGGCAACGUGAUGGCCAUCAACCCGGGCGAGGAGCCCAAGAUGCAGAUGUUCAUAUGGAACAACAUCUUCUUCUCGCUCGGCUUCGACGUGCGCGACCAUUACAAGGACUUGGGAGGCGACGCGGCGGCUUUUGUAGCGCCCCGUAACGACCUACAAGGCGUGCGAGUGUACAGCGCAGUGGAUACCGGACUGCACACACUAGGCACGGUGGUGGUCGACUACCGCGGGUACCGCGUCACGGCGCAGUCCAUCAUCCCCGGGAUACUUGAGAAGGAACAGGAGCAGAGCGUCGUGUACGGCAGCAUUGACUUCGGCACCACUGUGCUGUCGCAUCCUAAGUAUAUGGAGUUGCUGAGCAAAGCUGGUCAGCAGUUGAAGAUCAUGCCGCACUCGGUGAUCAGCGCCAACGGCGACACGGUGGAGUUGUGCUCGAGCGUGGAGUGCAAGGGCAUCGUCGGCAACGACGGCCGCCACUACAUACUCGACCUGCUGCGCACCUUCCCGCCGGACGUCAACUUCUUGCAGCUGGCAGAUGAUGAACUGAGGGAGGACAUCAAGUCUAUGGUUCCGAUAGUACACAAGCACAAACUAUGCUGUCUGCGACAAGAAUUAGUCGAUAGUUUCGUUGAGGCUCGUUACUUCAUGUUCAUACGUUACGCCGCCUUCCACUUGCAACAGUUGAGUGCAAAGCGUCAACGUGAUAACGAACCCAAACCGAUUGGAGGCAACAAGGACUCGGACAAAAAAGAUACUACAGAAGAGGCAAAGGGAAAAGUAGAAAAGAGCCAAGAAAAGGCUAAAGAUAAGAAAGGGAAGAAAGAUGACAAAGACAAUAAGGAAAAAGAAAAGAAAGAGAACAAAGCAGAGAAGGAAACAGAUGAUAAAGAAUCAAAGAAUGAUGAUAAAGGCAAAGAUGAUGACCUACUGCUGAAUGAAAACUAUUCCGAUAUUGAUACGGAUGUGGCUAAGAAGAUCGUGGAAAGUAUAACGGAUUCCAUCUGCAGUGGAGAUAAGGAUAAGGAGAAUGAUUCGGGCGAGCGCUCCCGCGCGGUGGUGGCGGCGGCGGCGCGCGCCGUGGCGUCGCUCAAGGAGUCGGAGUUCGACGUGCGCUUCAACCCCGACGUGUACUCCGCCGGCAUCAAGCACGCCGCCGCGCCCGAGCAGCUCGCCAAACAGCGCCACCUCGUCAAGGAGGCCGCCGCCUUCCUGCUCACCACGCAGAUACCAGCUUUCGUGCGCGAGUGCCUGGAGCACACGUCGGCGCCGAUGGACGGCGCAGGGCUGACGGAGGCGCUGCACGCGCGCGGCAUCAACGUGCGCUACCUCGGGCGCGUGGCCGCCGCGCUGCGCCCGCACCACAACCUCGCCUACCUGCACGCCAUCGCACUCGCCGAGUUGCUGCUGCGCGCCGCCAAGCACGUCUACACCGCCUACCUGCAGGGUUGCGAGGCGAUGAGCAUCGGUUCGGGCGUGGCGCACUUCCUGAACUGCCUGCUGGGCGCGUGCGCGGCGCCAGCGGUGUCGGCGCCGGAGGGCGCGGGCUGCGCGCGGCGCGGGGCGCGGGGCCGCGGGCGCCGGGCGCGCCGCCACGCGCAUGCGCCCGCCCUCCGCCGGCAGCCCGACUGGCACAACCUCACGCCCAAGACACUGUUUUCGCAGAUCAAACAGGAACUCAAGGCUUAUUGGGGCUAUGAAUUAAACGCUGAUAACAUGGAAUCUGUCAUAGAGAAAAAUGGUCUACAAAAAAUAUCGCUUCUCAGGUCAUUUGCACUUAAAGUUGGCUUGCAAUUAUUAUUGCGGGAAUAUGAUUUCGACAAUAAGAACAAGGGGCCGUUCACAAGUUCCGACAUUAUGAACAUAUUCCCUGUUGUUAAACAUAUCAACCCUCGCGCAUCCGACGCUUACAACUUCUACACGACUGGUCAGAACAAGAUCCAAGCAGGCGCUGUAUCGGAGGGCCACGAACUUAUAGCGGAGGCCCUGAACCUUCUGAACAACGUGUACGGCGCGAUGCACGGCGAGAUCGCGCAGUGUCUCCGCAUGGUGGCGCGCCUGUGCUACGUCACCGGCGAGCACAGGGACGCCAUGGCCUACCAACAGAAGGCUGUGCUCAUGUCCGAGAGGGUCAACGGCAUUGAUCAUCCGUAUACUAUUACUGAAUAUUCUCACCUGGCACUGUACUGCUUUGCAAAUGGUCAAGUAAGCACCGCAUUGAAGUUGCUAUACCGUGCACGCUAUCUGGCGUUGCUUGUCUGCGGUGAAAACCAUCCUGAAAUGGCACUUUUGGACAGCAACAUCGCGCUGAUCCUGCACGCGGUGGGCGAGUACGAGCUGUCGCUGCGGUUCGCGGAGCGCGCGCUGAGCGUGACGAGCGCGUCGCACGGCGCGCGCUCGCUGAAGGCCGCCGUCGCGCGCCACCUGCUCGCGCGCACGCUCUCCUGCCUCGGCGACUUCCGCGCCGCGCUGCAGCACGAGAAGGAGACCUACUCCAUCUACAAGCACCUGGUGAGACACCCCUCUAAUCUCUAUGCAGAGAUGUUAAAUACUAUUAGUGGUGUGGCGCGACGACAAAUAUCUUGAUUUAACAAUUGUGAG